UUUUGCAACUCCCAAUUCUUCAUUUAUUCACUCUGAUUACUCACUCUCAUUUACUAUUAGCUAAAGUUCAUUAUUUUUUUUUGCAUUUUGAAAUAGAAGAAAAAAUAAAGCUUAAGGGGGGGAAAAGUUUUCAUUUUGCCUUAAAAAGGCACAAUCUUGAUAAAAAAGGAGAUAAUUUUACAACAUGGGUUGUAAGCUUAUACUAAUGUUGAAUGUGUUGUUGGUGUUGUUGGGUUCAUGGGUUUUUUCUGGAACAGCUUCUGUUUCAUAUGACCAUAGGGCUAUUAUUGUAAAUGGACAAAGAAGAAUACUUAUUUCUGGUUCUGUUCAUUAUCCAAGAAGCACUCCUGAGAUGUGGCCAGGUAUUAUUCAAAAGGCUAAAGAAGGAGGUGUGGAUGUGAUUCAGACUUAUGUUUUCUGGAAUGGUCAUGAGCCUCAACAAGGGAAAUAUUAUUUUGAAGGGAGAUAUGAUUUAGUGAAGUUUAUUAAGCUGGUGCACCAAGCAGGACUUUAUGUCCAUCUUAGAGUUGGACCUUAUGCUUGUGCUGAAUGGAAUUUUGGGGGUUUUCCUGUUUGGCUGAAAUAUGUUCCAGGUAUCAGUUUCAGAACAGAUAAUGGACCUUUCAAGGCUGCAAUGCAAAAAUUUACUACCAAGAUUGUCAAUAUGAUGAAAGCGGAACGUUUGUAUGAAACUCAAGGGGGGCCAAUAAUUUUAUCUCAGAUUGAGAAUGAAUAUGGACCCAUGGAAUGGGAACUGGGAGCACCCGGUAAAUCUUACGCACAGUGGGCCGCCAAAAUGGCUGUUGGUCUUGACACUGGUGUCCCAUGGAUUAUGUGCAAGCAAGACGAUGCCCCUGAUCCUAUUAUAAAUGCUUGCAAUGGCUUCUACUGUGACUACUUUUCUCCAAACAAGGCUUAUAAACCAAAGAUAUGGACUGAAGCCUGGACUGCAUGGUUUACUGGUUUUGGAAAUCCAGUUCCUUACCGUCCUGCUGAGGACUUGGCAUUUUCUGUUGCAAAAUUUAUACAGAAGGGAGGUUCCUUCAUCAAUUAUUACAUGUAUCAUGGAGGAACAAACUUUGGACGGACUGCUGGUGGUCCAUUUAUUGCUACUAGUUAUGACUAUGAUGCACCACUUGAUGAAUAUGGAUUAUUGCGACAACCAAAAUGGGGUCACCUGAAAGAUCUGCAUAGAGCAAUAAAGCUUUGUGAACCAGCUUUAGUCUCUGGAGAUCCAGCUGUGACAGCACUUGGACACCAGCAGGAGGCCCAUGUUUUUAGGUCGAAGGCUGGCUCUUGUGCUGCAUUCCUUGCUAACUACGACCAACACUCUUUUGCUACUGUGUCAUUUGCAAACAGGCAUUACAACUUGCCACCAUGGUCAAUCAGCAUUCUUCCCGACUGCAAGAACACUGUAUUUAAUACAGCACGGGUUGGUGCUCAAAGCGCUCAGAUGAAGAUGACUCCAGUCAGCAGAGGAUUGCCCUGGCAGUCAUUCAAUGAAGAGACAUCAUCUUAUGAAGACAGUAGUUUCACAGUUGUUGGGCUAUUGGAACAGAUAAAUACAACAAGAGACGUGUCUGAUUAUUUGUGGUAUUCAACAGAUGUCAAGAUUGAUUCAAGAGAAAAGUUUUUGAGAGGUGGAAAAUGGCCUUGGCUUACGAUCAUGUCAGCUGGCCAUGCAUUGCAUGUUUUUGUGAAUGGUCAAUUAGCAGGAACUGCAUAUGGAAGUUUAGAAAAACCGAAACUAACUUUCAGUAAAGCCGUAAAUCUGAGAGCAGGUGUUAACAAGAUUUCUCUACUGAGCAUUGCUGUUGGCCUUCCGAAUAUUGGCCCACAUUUUGAGACAUGGAAUGCUGGUGUUCUUGGGCCAGUCUCACUAACUGGUCUUGACGAGGGGAAAAGAGAUUUAACAUGGCAGAAAUGGUCUUACAAGGUUGGUCUAAAAGGAGAAGCCUUGAGCCUCCAUUCACUCAGUGGUAGCUCGUCAGUUGAGUGGGUCGAGGGUUCUUUAGUGGCUCAGAGACAGCCACUCACAUGGUACAAGAGCACUUUCAAUGCUCCAGCUGGAAAUGAUCCUUUGGCUUUAGACUUGAAUACCAUGGGCAAAGGACAAGUGUGGAUAAAUGGUCAAAGCCUCGGACGCUACUGGCCUGGAUAUAAAGCAUCUGGUAACUGCGGUGCCUGUAACUAUGCAGGCUGGUUUAAUGAGAAAAAAUGCCUAAGUAACUGUGGAGAGGCUUCACAACGAUGGUAUCAUGUUCCCCGUUCUUGGCUGUAUCCUACUGGAAAUUUGUUAGUUCUAUUUGAGGAAUGGGGAGGAGAGCCUCAUGGAAUCUCUUUGGUAAAAAGAGAAGUUGCAAGUGUUUGUGCAGAUAUAAACGAAUGGCAACCACAGUUGGUGAAUUGGCAAAUGCAAGCAUCUGGUAAAGUUGACAAACCACUGAGACCUAAAGCUCACCUCUCGUGUGCUUCUGGUCAGAAGAUUACUUCAAUCAAAUUUGCAAGCUUUGGAACACCACAAGGGGUCUGCGGAAGCUUCCGUGAAGGAAGCUGCCAUGCCUUCCACUCAUAUGAUGCUUUUGAAAGGUACUGCAUCGGGCAAAACUCGUGCUCAGUACCUGUAACACCAGAGAUCUUUGGAGGUGAUCCAUGUCCACAUGUUAUGAAGAAACUCUCAGUUGAGGUUAUUUGCAGUUGAUGACACUGAGGAUAAACAAAUAAAGUGGUUUCAGUUAGUUGCUUUGAUGGAGGUGAAGUUGUACAGAUAUGCAACACACCUUUCCAUUUGAGGCACAUAUGAAUUGCAAUGGCCCAAGAUUCUGUACAUAUAUGUUGGUUACUGUCAAGUUGGUAUUGGUUUGCAAAUGUAAAACAGUAGUAUAGUCAUUGGUUCAAGUGCGCAUCGAGAUUGUGCUAGUGGGAGGUAGCAGGUACCGAUCGAUGUUUGCACAAGCUGGGCCUAGAUUCCACUAUUAUUAUAACAAAGAAAGCACAAUGAGACUGAUUCUUGAUUAGUCCAUGUGUAGAUAUUGUUACUGUUGGAAUUUGCAAGUCUUAUGAUUUCAGCAUUUUAAUACUCUUUUAUCUUAUAGUAAAAAUAGCAAUCUUUCAUUGCUUUGUACCUGCCAAAAUGCUUACUAUGAUGAUGUGAAAUAACAUCAAAUUCUCUUCAACAGAUGUUUU